UGCCCCUAACCUUGCAUUCUUUGUGGACUACCAAACACUUUAAUCCCCUUGAAUUAAGAGCAAUAUUCCAAAAUGACCUCACCAAAUGUUAAGAAAUCAUGGGCUAAGUUAGUGAUAGUCAUAAGUAUGAUAAAAGAGUUUGGACAAGAUGACCCAAGAAGGGUUAUUCAUUCCUUCAAGGUUGGAUUGGCAUUAGUAUUGAUUUAUAUUUUGCACCAUUUUCGUCCUACCUUCUAUGGUUUUGGUGACAACAUAAUUUGGGCCGUUCUUACCGUUGUUAUUGUCCUAGAACUUUCUGUGGGUGCAACACUCGGAAAAGGUUUUAAUAGGAUGUUGGCAACGGGUUUAGCGGGUGGUCUUGGUGUUGCAAGCAAUAAAAUAGCCACUCUUUGUGGUGAUAAGGGAAAAGUUGUAAUGACUUCAAUAUUUGUCUUUGUGAUAGCUGAAAGAGUGACAUUUAUGAGAUUUUCCCCUCAAUUGAAGGCAAGAUAUGAUUAUGGGAUGAUAAUAUUCAUUUUAACCUUUUGUUUGAUAUCUCUUUCGGAUGAGACUGGGAAUGAACUUCUAGAAAUUGCCCAAGAGAGAUUAUUAACAAUCAUAAUUGGGAGUUGUAUAGCUAUUAUGGUAUGUAUUUUCAUAUGCCCUGUUUGGAUUGGAGAGGAUCUUCACAGAAAAAUUGCUGGCAAUAUUGAAAAGUUGGCAGACUUUUUAGAAGGAUUUGGAGAUGAAUACUUCAACAAUUCAGAGAAUACAGAAGCUGAGAAUGAUAAGCAAUUUCUCCAUAGAUAUAAAAGAGUCCUUUCUUCAAAAAGCAUGGAAGAAUCAAUGGCUGUUUUGGCAAGAUGGGAACCUCGUCAUGGGCAAUUUAGGUUUCGCCAUCCAUGGAAGCAAUACUUAAAGAUCGGUAACCUUGCACGGUUAUGUGCUUACAAAAUUGAAGCUCUUAGUGUGUACCUCAACAAUCCUAAAACUCCAUAUGAAUUUCGAAGUAUAAUUCAAGAAUUGUGCACAAAGAUUAGCUUGGAGUCGGGAAAAGCCCUUAAAGAAUCAUCAUUGAUGAUUAAAAAAAUGUAUAAAUCAUCAAGUCCAAAUUCCCAUGUUUCAAAUGCUAAAAGUGCUGUUGAAUCUCUUAAAUCUCUUCUAAGAACAAACCCAUGGGAAGGAGCUGAUAAUCACUUUGAGAUAAUACCAGCGGCUACAGUUGCAUCACUUCUCAUUGAUAUUGUGAUUUGUGUUGAGAAAAUUUGUGAAGGUGUUGAUGAAUUAGCAUCACUUGCUAAUUUUGUGCCUUAUGAGUUACUUCAUAGGGGAAUAGUGCAACCAAUUUCUGAUAGUGAUGGUUCGGUUCAUGUUGUUACUGUUGCUGAGUGAUCCACCAAUAUUAUAAUAUGGGGUUGGAACUAUAUACAUUAAUGAUGAAAUUACAUUGAGAUAAGAUAAAAAAUAGUUAGUGAAUAAAUUAGAAGAAAGUUGUGACUUGAUACUUUAUAGUUUAAACAUCAUUAAGUAUUUUUUAUGACAAGGAUGAUAUCCUUGAUUAUUGUACCACUUUUUUAUACUAAGAAAUACAUAUAUACUAUUAUAACUAGGA